AUGUGUCGCACGAGCCAUGAUCAACCCCCAUACACCGCUACCCUCGAGCACCCUGGGGUACGUGCAGACGAUUUUCCGUGGCAGAUUGGCGUCUGUGAUGCCCACUGCCACCCGACUGACACCAUGUCGUCGAUUGCUAGCAUACGCGGCAUGCGAGCUCGAGCCCUGACUAUCAUGGCUACCCGCUGCCAGGACCAGGACCUUGUCGCUUCGGUCGCGGCGCAACACGUCAUCAAGAACCGCGCCGCGCUAGGGUCAACGGCAAGCCAGAGCUCUGACAAAGUUAUCCCCGCGUUUGGAUGGCACCCUUGGUUUUCACACCAACUCUAUGACGACACGGCCGGCGCCGUGAACAGCACGUACGAUCCGGCGGCGCCAAACGCGGCUGAGCAGAAAGCGAAACACUAUAGCGCCGUUCUUUCCUCGUCGCCCGACGCCGAGUUUGUCGCGUCGCUCCCGGAUCCUCUAUCACUCAGUAGCUUCAUAGCCGAAACACGGCGGCGUGUGCUUGACGCGCCGGUGGCGCUCAUAGGCGAAAUCGGCCUGGACAAGGCGUUUCGCCUGCCGUGGCCGUGGAAGGAAGAAGACCGGUGGAGCCGUGACGAGGGCCUCACCCCUGGCGGCAGGGAAGGACGCACGCUGAGCCCUCAUCACGUCAAGAUGCCCCAUCAAGUACAGGUGCUCAAAGCCCAGCUCCAGCUGGCCGGUGAGCUAGGGGUUGCGGUUAGUGUCCACGGGGUGCAGGCGCACGGGGUGCUGUUUGAUGCCUUGGCAUCGCUGUGGAAAGGGCACGAGAGAGAAGUCCUGUCGCGGCGAAAGCAGAAAUUGGUGGCUCAAGGUGCCGAAGACUUUUCGUCAAGCGAUGAAGACGACGAGACAGAGGGCGCUGAAGAUGGCGCGAGGCUGUGUAGGAAGCGCUACAAGCCGAAGCCCUUUCCCCCACGUAUUUGCCUGCACUCAUUCAGCGGCGCACCGCAGAUGCUCAAUCAGUAUCUGAACCCGGCCAUUCCAGCCCGGGUCUUCUUCUCGUUCUCAACAGUCAUAAACUUGUCGACGGCCGGCGGGGAGAGCAAGUUCCCCGAAGUUAUCCAGGCUUGUCCCGAUGACCGGCUGCUGGUUGAGAGCGACUUGCACUCGGCCGGCGAUGAUAUGGACCGGCUCCUGGAGGAUAUGUACCGGAAAGUUUGCGACAUCAAAGGCUGGACCCUGGAGUACGGCGUGGAGAGGAUACGGAAGAACUAUGAGGAGUUCAUAUUCGGUUGA